AUUUCCACCCUCGCAAACGGCAAACAUGACGAUUAAACGCGAUACCUACGAGGACGAUGAUUCCUCAUCCUCCAACAAGCGUGUCAAAGUUGAGAAUGGCAGCAACGGCGUGAAGAAGGAGGAGAAUCCCUAUCUGGCGCAUUGGAAUGAUGAGUCUGGUUCAAAGAAUGAACCCUCCAAUUCAGCAGACCUUCUCUACUCCUUCAAGCGUCACGGUACCACCGCGAAGCAAGCCCACGAUGCGGAGGACGGUCCUCUUAACCCCUUCACUGGCAAGAGCCUGUCCAGCAACUAUAUGAGCAUCCUGAAGAAGCGGAGAGACUUGCCUGUUCACCAGCAACGAGAUGACUUCCUCAGCCUCUACCAAUCCUCCCAGAUCCUCGUCUUCGUCGGUGAGACUGGUUCCGGAAAGACUACUCAGAUCCCCCAAUUCGUCCUGUUCGAUGACCUUCCGCAUCUCAACAACAAAAUGGUCGCCUGUACACAGCCUCGUCGUGUCGCCGCUAUGUCUGUCGCACAGCGUGUCGCCGAGGAAAUGGACGUCAACCUUGGGGAGGAAGUCGGUUACAGCAUUCGUUUCGAGGAUAAGACGGGACCGAACACAAUGCUCAAGUACAUGACGGACGGAAUGUUGCUUCGCGAAGCCAUGCACGACAACAACUUGUCUCGUUACAGUACCAUCAUUCUUGACGAGGCCCACGAACGUACCCUUGCGACCGAUAUCCUCAUGGGCCUGCUCAAGGAGGUUGUUCUCAGGCGAAAGGACUUGAAGCUCAUUAUCAUGUCUGCUACCCUUGACGCAACCAAAUUCCAGAGGUACUUCCACGACGCGCCGCUUCUUGCCGUCCCGGGUCGAACGCACGCUGUCGAGAUUUUUUACACUCCCGAGCCCGAGCGAGACUACGUCGAAGCGUCCUUGCGAACUGUCCUCCAGAUCCACGCCACCGAGAAGGAGGGUGAUAUUUUAUUGUUCUUGACGGGUGAAGAGGAGAUCGAAGACACAUGCAGGAAGUUAACGAUGGAAGCACAAGAGUUGUUGAGAGACGGUGCAGCUGGCCCUCUCCAGGUUUACCCACUCUAUGGUACCCUGCCCCCGGCGCAGCAACAGAAGAUCUUCAACCCGGCCCCUCCACCCGCAACGCCUGGUGGUCCGCCUGGUCGUAAAUGUAUCAUCUCGACCAACAUUGCCGAAACCUCCCUCACCAUUGAUGGUAUUGUAUAUGUUGUGGAUCCUGGUUUCAGCAAGCAAAAGGUGUACAACCCAAGGAUCCGUGUCGAAUCUCUUUUGGUAUCUCCGAUUUCGAAAGCUUCGGCUCAACAGCGCGCUGGUCGUGCUGGUCGUACGCGACCAGGCAAAUGCUUCCGUCUCUACACCGAGGCUGCAUUCAAAAAGGAGCUCAUCGAACAGACAUAUCCUGAGGUUCUGCGAUCCAACUUGGCCAGCACUGUGUUGGAAUUAAAGAAGCUUGGUGUGGAAGAUCUGGUACAUUUUGACCUGAUGGACCCGCCCGCUCCUGAAACCUUGAUGCGUGCAUUGGAGGAGUUGAAUUACCUCGCUUGUCUCGACGACGAAGGUGACUUGACUACACUGGGUAGACUUGCGUCGGAAUUUCCUCUGGAUCCUGCUCUAGCGGUGAUGCUCAUCACAUCGCCCGAGUUUUACUGCUCCAACGAGAUCCUCUCACUCACUGCCUUGCUUUCGGUCCCCCAAAUCUUUGUUCGUCCGGCAAACAACCGCAAGGCUGCCGAUGAAAUGAAGGAGCUCUUUGCUCACCCAGAUGGCGAUCACCUCACGAUGCUCAACGUGUACCAUGCCUUCAAGGGUGCUGAGGCACAGGCAAAUCCUAAGCAGUGGUGCCACGACCACUUCCUGUCCUUCCGUGCACUUCAACAGGCCGAUAACGUCCGGCUCCAAUUGAAGCGUAUAAUGGAGCGCGAAGAGCUUGAGCUGAUGUCCACUCCUUUCGAGAACAAGAAGUACUAUGAAAACAUCCGUCGGGCUCUCGUUGCGGGCUUCUUCAUGCAAGUGGCCAAGCGCGACGGCACCGGCAAGACAUACACCACGGUGAAGGAUGAGCAAAGUGUCCUGUUGCAUCCUAGCACCGUGCUUGCACAGGAUAGCGAAUGGGUUGUCUAUAACGAAUUCGUCCUGACAACCAAGAACUACAUCCGAACUGUGACAGGUGUCAAGGCCGAAUGGUUGCUGGACAUUGCGCCAGUAUACUAUGAUCUUGACGAGUUCAAAAAGGGUGACGUCAAGACCGCCUUGCAGCGAACAGCCAUGAAAAUCAAGCGGACAAACGAGAUGAAGGCGGGCAGAAGGUGAUGUGGAAACAUGGUACCUCUCACAGCUUUUCUGUAAUAUGAACAAUCGUUCAACUCAUGCAUCAAAUAACCCGCAACACAUUGGCGAGUAAUAGGCGUUAGCUACUUCGCAGGAGGAGUUAUGAGUUCCAAAAGGAACCGGGGUUUGGAUUAUUAGGAGUAUGUCGGCAUUCUGAGUAGAUAAAAACUUGAAUCUGGGGUUGCCAGAAUGUGGCGGCAAUGGAUUCACAGCCCCGUGAAAUACAUUCUGAUUCAGAUCCUCC